CUUAAGAAAGACACGGCUCCAUAUCAACGCUUCAGAGGUAAGGAGGUAUCUCUUUUGGUCUGCCCCAUCGUUCUCGAAUCCCAUCCCUUCUGUCUUCCAAGGCCCGGCCAUAUUCCUGGCAUUAUCAUUUGCCAUCUCAUACGCGACAUUGUUACGUUACCCUUGUCUGUAUUCCGUUCGCGGCUAACUCAAACCUGUCAAGACUUCCAAGACCAUGAACGCUGCUCCCCGGCCGACUUUCACGGGGUUCGUGGCGACCACGAUUGUAAGUCGCUCUCCUUUCGUUUGACGCCCCUUGCCGCCGUCAUCGGCACCCAAUGGCUCUCCUUGACCCCCCGCCGCCCGACUACUUACUGCCUGGUAGCGAGCAAUGCACUGAUUCUGUCGAACAGGACGCCGCGUACCUCGUCGAGGCGGCGGCGGUGGCUAGGACACUGCCACGCCUCGUGGGCUGCAACGGGGACGCCCGAACCCUGGUGCGGAGCGGCGCCGUGCUCGUCCACGGGGACGAGUACAAGCGCUGGAAGGACGGGCGGAAGUGGUCGGACGGCCGGAACCUGAAGAACGGGUUCAACAUUUACCGGGAGCUGGCCACCGACCCCGCCGACUGCAUGACCAGGGAGGAGCUCGUAGGUUUUUUUUUUUUCUUUUCCCUUCCCCUCCUCUCUCUCUCUCUCUCUCUCUUUCUCUCUUAAAGGAUG